AUGGGCUGUAAGGGAAAAAACAACUUGCUUGUCGUCAUCACUGAUUAUAAUGUCGCGAACGUGGUGACGACUGUGAUACUCUACCGGGGAAAGUGCGGUCUCUCCAAAGGAAUCACGCGGUACAUGAUGGCGAUGGCGAUCUCAGACCUGUUCGUGCUCGUUGUUCACGUGUUGCUCCGAGAAGUCUACACUUACUAUACACCUAGUUCUUUCCUCUCCCUCAGCGCAGUGUGCCCUUCAUAUGUGCACUUGCGACUCCACAGCCUGGACUAUUCCGUCUGGCUAACUGUGUCCUUUACCUUUGACCGUUUUGUCAGCAUUUGCUGUCCAAAACUGAGGCACAGAUAUUGCACGGAGAGGACAGCCACCGUGGUGAUUGUGCUUUUGUGCAUGCUGAGCUGCUUAAAAUACAUUCCCUUUCACUUCAUGUACGAGCCUAGUUACACGAUUGACAACGUGAACUGGGGGUGUCGGUCGAAAUCCGUAUACUUCACCUCCAACUGGUGGGUGGCUUUCACCUGGAUGUGCAGCAUAUCUGUGUCGUUACUCCCCUUCGCUAUCAUUCUUCUCCGUAACGGACUGACGGUCAGACACAUCAUAGUAACCAGUAGGGUCCGACGUCGCCUAAAGGGCCAGGAUGGUAAAGACAGCGAGACAGAAAGUCGGCGCAAGUCCAUGGUUUUACUCUUCACAGUUUGCGGCACUUCAAUACUACUCUGGGCGACGGCAUCAGUAACUAACAUCUGUACUCGAGUCACAAUUAACUUUCAGGGCAAGGAUCUCACAAGUCCGUCUACUGUAGCCAAUGAAGUGGGGAUACUGCUUAUGCGUGUCAGCGUAGGAGCCAACACGUGUAUCUACGCAAUGACCCAAAGUAAAUUCAGACAGGAGCUGAAGAAGGGGAUUAAAAGUCUAAAUUGUUUCAGCAUUAUACCUAUGUAUCGGACAUGGCAGUCAGCCUAA